AUGCGACUACCUGUCUGCAACCAGUCUGCGCCUAUACGCCAAUACGUGGACGCGGGGGGAGACGAGGAUGUGGUCUGUCCAGGUCAGAUCAGAACCCACGGCAUCAUCGAGAGCGUGGCUUGCUGCAUGCGUGCCCCGUACCCUUUUCCCACCACCACCACAGUACUUCUUCUCUUUCGCUUUCGCCGUUCAAGUUCUAACCCGUGA